UAUUUUUUGACUGUUUUGGCUGAACUACAGCUCAGAUUUAAAAAAAAGUAAUCAGAGGGCAAAAAUACUUUGUUUAAUAACAGGUGUCUUAAAAAAGUUGUGAACAUGCACUCAUGCACUGUGUACCUUUUGAGUGCGUGCAAGUGAGCAGCAAAUUGAUAGCCUCUCUUGGGAUCUGCUGAGCCCAGUGUUUACUUGGAGAGCUAGGUGUGAUUCUACUUGUUCAUGUGCAAAAGUAGUGCUUGGUCCGUGUACCUGUGAGAGAGAAAAGAAGUGAAAGGUGCUUGGGCCCUGUGUGUGUGUGUGUGUGUGUGUGGGGGGGGGGGUGUCAGAGUCCUGGAUUUCCCAGAGAUGGAGGGUCAUGCUUAUGACCGGUUUGGAGACAACGAGAGGGACUUUUACCAGAUUGACUACAGGAGGAUUGUGGGGGACAUGGAGCCAGUAUGGCCUCGUGUCCCAAACAGAGACGGGGAGCAGCCUCAUCCCUUGCUGGCUCACGCCCACCCAACAUCACAUUCACACGGGUAUGAGACGGCAGCCCAGAGAUACAGCGCCACACGUAUCCAGGCUGGAUAUGAGCCAGAGAGCAUGGCUGACUUCUUGAUCAGUGGAGGCACAGGUUAUGUUCCUGAAGACGGACUCACAGCACAGCAGCUGUUUGCCAUCGGUGACGGGCUGACAUACAAUGACUUCCUUAUUCUCCCUGGUUUUAUUGAUUUCACUUCUGAGGAGGUGGAUUUGACUUCUGCACUGACGAGAAAAAUCACUCUGAAGACGCCUCUCAUUUCUUCCCCCAUGGAUACAGUCACAGAGUCAUCCAUGGCUAUUGCUAUGGCACUGAUGGGUGGGAUUGGAAUAAUCCAUCAUAACUGCACUGCUGACUUCCAGGCCAAUGAAGUCCGGAAAGUGAAGAAAUUCGAGCAGGGCUUCAUCACAGACCCGGUGGUGAUGAGUCCAUGUCACACAGUUGGAGAUGUGUUUGAAGCUAAGAGACGACACGGUUUCUCUGGGAUCCCGGUGACAGAGACGGGGAAGAUGGGCAGUAAGCUGGUCGGCAUCGUGACCUCCAGGGAUAUUGACUUUUUGUCUGAGAAGGACUACGACAGGCCUCUGGAAGAAGCUAUGACAAAAAGAGAAGAUCUAGUUGUUGCACCUGCUGGAGUUACACUAAAAGAGGCAAAUGAUAUACUGCAAAGAAGCAAAAAGGGUAAGCUCCCCAUUGUUAAUGACAAUGACGAGCUGGUUGCCAUCAUUGCCAGAACUGACUUGAAGAAGAACAGAGAUUACCCUCUGGCUUCCAAAGACUCACGCAAACAGCUGCUGUGUGGAGCUGCAAUCGGAACCAGGGAGGACGACAAAUUUAGACUGGACCUCCUCAUCCAGGCUGGAGUGGACGUGGUAGUCCUGGACUCUUCCCAAGGAAAUUCGGUUUAUCAAAUCAACAUGAUUCACUACAUCAAAUCCAAGUAUCCUGAUCUACAAGUCGUUGGAGGAAACGUGGUAACAGCUGCUCAGGCUAAAAACCUCAUAGAUGCUGGUGUGGAUGCUCUGAGGGUCGGCAUGGGCUGUGGCUCAAUCUGCAUCACUCAGGAAGUGAUGGCAUGUGGACGCCCCCAGGGUACAGCCGUUUACAAGGUUUCAGAGUACGCCAGACGUUUCGGAGUCCCGGUCAUCGCAGACGGAGGCGUUCAGACUGUGGGGCACGUGGUCAAAGCUCUGGCUCUGGGAGCAUCUACAGUGAUGAUGGGAUCUUUGCUAGCAGCAACCACCGAGGCUCCAGGAGAAUAUUUCUUUUCAGAUGGUGUGCGUCUCAAAAAGUACAGAGGAAUGGGCUCCUUGGAUGCCAUGGAGAAGAACAACAGUCAAAAACGCUAUUAUAGUGAGGGAGAUAAAGUCAAAGUGGCUCAGGGAGUCUCAGGAUCGGUGCAGGACAAAGGCUCGAUUCAAAAGUUUGUUCCUUACCUCAUAGCUGGGAUUCAACACGGCUGUCAGGACAUCGGAGCCAAGAGCUUGUCCAUCUUGAGGUCCAUGAUGUACUCAGGCGAGUUAAAGUUUGAGAAGAGAACCAUGUCUGCCCAGAUGGAGGGAGGAGUUCAUGGCCUCCACUCAUAUUCUUUUGUGCCGUUUGCAAGAAGCGACUUUAUUGAAGCAGGAGGGGCAAGAGGAAAUACACGAUCUGGACCUAACGUCCCAUCCCCGGCUGCUACAAACAGAUGCAAUGGACGCAUGUGAAAGACCCCACUGCAACUCAACAUUUACUCCAACUCAAAUAGCAACUGAAGCACAGAUGAAUUAUUGGUCACAUAGAAAACAGAUUUUUUUCAGCAGCAAAGGCUUAAAAGUUUACUUUUAAGUUACUUUACUACUUUAUUUUUCCAGGCAAUUUUAAUAAGCAGCAUAAAGUAUUUCUAUUUGUAUUUAAUUUUUUUUAAAAUGUCUAGUCAUCUGUCCUCGCCUAUAAAGGUGUAAUGACAGAAAUUUAGUUUUAUUUUCCAGAAAGAUGCUUACAAAUCAUUUUUAAACCUUCAGAAAAGUCAAAAUUACAACAACUUUUAGAAUUAUAGUCUCUGUCAUGGAAUGCACAUUUACAACACAUUUACUCAAUAGCUUCUUACUUUGUUAGAAAAUUAUUGUUUAUAAUAUGUAUGUGUCCUUUCUUUGACACUUUUAUGGAUGCUGCAUUUCUUUAUGUGCGGCACUGCUGCCGAAGGAACCAAAGCUUUUCAGCCUUAGUUCACACUUCUGAAAUAAAAUGUUUAAAAGGCAA